ACACGUGCGCUUUAGGUAUACUGAUUUUUUUGUACUAUGCCUCAUUGUUAUUUGCUUCAGACUUGUCUUGUGUUAAAUUUUUGUCUGAACAAUUUUCGUAAACGUGAUUUUUAAGUUAUUAAAUUUUACAGUUUAAUUGAACUGUGAGAAACUUUAUUACUUGUUGUGUCGCGUACGAUUAGCUACACUUUCAAAUUUGUUAAUAUGGUUUAUGAAAAACCCACCAAAAAGAUGAAUAAAAACGAAGAUAAAACUUCUGGACUAUACAAAAUCGCUGCAAAAAUAAUUAAAAAAGUCAAAUCUGGAAGCAGCUAUAAAACUCAGCUUUAUCAAGCACAGUAUCCAAAUAAAUUGUCAUUGAAUGCUGUAUUAAUGAAUGUUUUUAAAUGGGAAAAGGUUAUAGAUGUAUUAGUAGAAAAAAGUAAUAUAUUGGAAAAAGAAUAUAACAUGGAUCGUGAUUUAGUGUAUGUAUUUAUUACUGAAAUGAUGUGGUCAAAAUUCGGAUUAAAAGGCAAUGCCAAAAAUAUAUUAGCAGUAAAAAAAUAUAAGAAUGAAUUUUUAAAGCUUAUGAAAGAAAAUGAUUUAGAAAAAUUAUCUGCUCCUACGCAUGUUAAAGUUUUGAAACCUAGAUUUUUCCGUGUUAACACAUUAGUAACUACACUAGAAGAAGUAUUAGAGAAAUUAUCAAAACUUAAGUUUAAUAAAUUAAAAUCACCAAAAUGUUAUGCUGAAUUUUUGGAAUUAAUUAAAUCUGACAAAUUCAAUGGAAAAAAUGUUUUUGUUCAAGAUGUUCAUAUUAAAGAAUUGUUAGUUUUCAAUCCGAAAGUGAAGUUUUAUGAACUUGAAGAGUACAACAAUGGAUCUUUAAUUGUUCAAGAUAAGGCAAGCUGUUUGGCUGCUUAUUUAUUAAAUCCAGAACCAAAUAGUACUGUAUUAGAUAUGUGUGCUGCUCCUGGUAUGAAGACAUCUCAUUUAGCUGCUAUUAUGAAAAACACAGGUAAACUCUAUGCUGUUGAUCGCUGUAAGGAUAGAUUCAAUAUAAUGCAAAAAAUGUUGCAAAAAUAUAGUGUAAACAAUGUAGAAACAUUCAAUAUGGAUGCAUUAACUUUUCCUUAUUAUGAUGAUGUUAAAUACAUAUUGGUGGACCCAUCAUGUUCUGGUUCUGGUAUUGUGGAUAGAGUUCGGAAUGAUUCAUCAGGACAAAAUCAAAAUUUUCAAAUGAGAUUGAAAAAAUUAGCAAAUGUGCAUGCUCAGUUAUUAAAUCAUGCAUUAAAGAGCUAUCCUAAUUUAGAACGAUUAGUUUAUUCCACAUGUUCAGCAAAUCAUGAAGAAAACGAAGCUGUUGUUGAUGAAGCUUUAUCUGUUAAUGGAAAAUUUAAGCUUUUAGAUUGUACUAAAAUGGUGAAAGGCUGGACUAACAGAGGAGUUCCUGGUUAUGAUUGUUCAGAAAUGUGUCUUAAUGCUGUUCCAAGUGAUGACUGUACUAAUGGAUUUUUCAUUGCUGUGUUUGUUCGCCGAGAUUUAGAAGAGAAUGAAGUUGCCGAAGAGGAAAAAAAUAUUGAAGAUAAUGCUAUUGUUAAAGAAGAAGAAAAUAUUACAGAUGAUAAAGUUAAUGAUGAAGAAGAAAAUAUUGAAGGUAAUGAAGAGGAAGAAGUAAUUGAAGAUAAUGAAGUCUUAGAACAAGAUAAAGUUAUUGAAAAUACUAAAAUUGUUAAAAAUAAAAAUAAAAAAGCUAAUAAAUCAAUUAUUAUUGAUACUGAUAAAAAUGAAAAGAGUAAAUCUGAAGUUAAAAAAGAAAAUAUUGAAAGUUUACCAUUAGUAAAAAGUAAAAAUGCAAAAAGAAGAGAAAGAAGAUUGAAACUGGAACAAUCAAAAGGUAUUACAAAUCACAAAAAAGUUAAGAAACAAAAAAAAACAAAAAAUGUAAAAACAGAAGAAACAGAAGAAACCUAAUUUUUGUAUUGUUAUUAAUUUUGACUUAUAUUAAUUUCAUUAAAACUUAUAACUAUCAUAUUUUUAA